UCAUUCAAGGAAUUCGGACCCCCAGGAGAAGUGCUGGAAGGUGUGUAUGCUUGUGCAAAGACAAUCCUGCCUCAAUCAUGCCAGCACUUCCAGCGACUGAAAAGAGAGAUGCGUGUGUGGUCAUGUCUCAGCCACCCCAACGUCGUCCCACUACUCGGCUAUGUGGAUGAUGUCAGCGGUCAAGGCCUUGUCUCUCCCUGGUAUCCGGAAGGGGAUGUAAUCAAGUUCAUCAAGAGUCACCCUAGCGCCAACAGGGAUACAAUUUGUGCCGAUGUAGCUUCAGGUUUAGAAUAUCUUCAUUCACAAAACCCGUCGAUUGUGCAUGGUGACAUGAAAGGGGAAAAUAUUUUGAUCACUCUGGAUGGGCACGCUUGCAUCUGCGAUUUUGGCCUCUCAAUUAUCUUGGAUAACAACCCCACUGGAUUUACUUCUUCAGUGAUCGGAAUGACUCUUAUCUUUUCCGCUCCGGAAUUAUUGGAUUGUAGCGAGAAGACGACCGAAUCUGAUGUUUAUGCUUAUGGGUGCACUUGCAUCGAGAUCCUUCUGGCAAAAAAGCCGCAUCAAACCAUCCAUAACCAGCCUGUAGGCGUCAUUGUCGAGGCGAUUCGAAACGGUAUGCCACCUAUCUCCCCUGAACAGCUCGAACAGUGCAAUUCGCUUCUCCCACUUCACCUAAUAAAACAAUGCUGGAGUCUGGAACCAUCGGAUCGACCACGGGCUAAACACUUAGCCGAGGCCUUUGGAGGUGCUCUUGUGAGCCACGUAGUGCCGGAAACUACAUUGUGACCCCUGCGCCCGUCCCAGUUUUUCCUCACACUGAGGCUCGUUAUCUUGACCAUGCAUAACACUAUGUCUGAUCUCCCUAGCUUUCAUCUGCUUCAUUUGGACCGUUUUACAUAAUCUGAAUGGCUCUGUAUACAAUCCGCGAAAGUAAUGGUGCACCACCGUGUUCUAAAUCCGCUACUUUCCAUCAAGCUCAAAGAUAACCAUUAUUUAACUUGUCACGGUAUUACUCCGUGAUCGUUCCUUGGUCCUUAUUUCAAAUCCUCCGAAGAAACCUCACAAUCGCGAUCCACUUUCCUUGCAAUAGUGCGCUUGACGCUAUGUUCAAACUGGACACAUGAACGAAGACUGAGUUUUCGUCACCAAAAGCCGAUUGAAA